AUGGCCAGCACCACCGCUAACACCAGCUCCUCCACGAGCACCACGAGCUCCUCCACACCAGCACACGCUCACAUCCAGAUCAAAGCCUGUCUGUUUGAUAUGGACGGGCUCCUGAUUAACUCUGAGGAUAUUUAUACCGAAAUCACCAAUGAGAUUCUUCACGAGCACGGCAAACCCAGUCUUCCCUGGGAAGUCAAAGUUCAAUUACAAGGCCGACCAGGACCGGAUGCGUCGAGAAAACUUCUCGAAUGGGCACAAUUGCCAUACACGCCCGAGGAAUACUUCAAAAUGACGAGCGAGCGACAAAAGACCCGUUGGAACAAAACAACGUUUAUGCCCGGAGCAUUAGAGUUGCUGCAGCACCUGGAAGAUAUCAAAGUUCCGUUUGCACUGGCCACAUCAUCCCACCAUGCCAAUUAUCUUCUCAAGACCAAACACCUGCGACACGGGUUUGAUCUGUUUGGCGACCACGUCGUAGUCGGCGACGACAAACGAAUCCCACCCGGUCGUGGCAAACCACACCCCGACAUCUGGCACGUGGCUCUCGAAUCACUAAAUUCCGUGCAACGGGCCAAAAACCUGCCAGAAAUCAAGCCCGAAGAAUGUCUCGUUUUCGAAGACGGUGUCCCUGGCGUCAUCGCUGGCAAAGCAGCCGGAUGCCGUGUGAUCUGGGUGCCCGACUCACGAGCUCUCGAAGUUCUCGACCAAAACGAGGUGGUCGACCUCGUUGGUGACCACGAACUCCUCGAAAGUCUCCACCACUUCGACAAAGCCAAAUACGGGCUCGAGAAACCGACGCUGACGGGUCUGUAA